AUGUCGACGAUCACACAGGCUGUAGAACUCCUAAUGCAAAUGUUUGAUAAGUACAUUGAAAGAGAAGAUGUCUGGAACACCCUGACCAAGAGAGAACCAGUUGAACUGGUCCGCAAAGAAUACCCUGAGGCAGACAAAAACUCAGCUGAAGUGGACAGUAUCCUCAAAAAGCUUGAUGCUGACAGUGAUGGCCAAGUUACUUUCAAGAAGGUUUUCCAUAUUGUAAAAGACUCCAACCUAAUGUCCAGCACAUCAGAGAUCACACAGGCAAUGCAACUCUUCAAGGCUACCUUCGAUGACUACGCUCAAAAGAACAAAUACACUUUGACCAAAAUAGAAAUGUGUUUACUGCAACACAAAGAGUUUCCUGACACAUCCUCAUCUUUUGAUACUGUGGACCAUGUCUUCCACCAGCUGGAUGGCUUUGUGAGUGACUCUAGCAUCAGACACAGACACCAAAAGCCACUUUAA